AUCGCUGUCGAACGAAGUAGAAGUUAAUCAGGGGUUUUCCUUUCUUGAGAGCAGCAGGGAAGAAGGAAACAUGGCAAAUACUGCACAGCCUCCAUAUCUUCACUUGGCGGAACUGACGGCAUCUCAGUUCCUCGACAUCUGGAAACAUUUUGAUGCUGACGGUAAUGGUUACAUUGAGGGCAAGGAGCUUGAAAAUUUCAUCGCUCAGCUGGAGGUUGCACGGAAAGGAGCUGGUGUGGACCCCUCAAAUGCAUCUUUCAAAGACAAGAUGGCAGAGUUCAUGCAGAAAUUUGACCAGAACAAUGAUGGCAGGAUUGAGCUGUCAGAGCUGGCCCAGAUUCUGCCAACAGAAGAAAACUUCCUGCUUUGCUUCAGACAGUUUCUGGGCUCCAGCUCUGAGUUUAUGGCGGCCUGGCGAAGGUAUGACGUAGACCGCAGCGGCUUCAUUGAAGCAAAUGAACUAAAGAACUUUCUCUCAGACCUUCUGAAAAAGGUUAACAGGCAAUAUGAUGACAAGAAACUGCAGGAAUAUACACAGACAAUUCUCAAGAUGUUUGAUCUGAAUGGGGAUGGGAAACUGGGGCUCUCUGAAAUGGCAAGGCUUUUACCAGUUCAGGAAAAUUUCUUACUGAAAUUCCAGGGCAUCAGGCUGACCCCUGAAGAGUUCAAAAGAAUCUUCACUUAUUAUGACAAGGAUGGAAAUGGCUACAUUGAUGAAAUGGAGUUGGACUACCUCCUGAAGGACCUUUAUCAGGACGCUGCCACCCAGGACCUAUCUGGCUAUAAAAAAAGCAUCAUGGCCUUGUCAGAUGGGGGUAAAUUAUACCGCACAGAACUGGAAGUCGUACUGUGCCGGGAGCCCAUUGUACUGUGAUUGUACUAUGCUGGAACCCUGAAUCUUGUUUUCCAUUCUGCUGCCUGACUACUGUAACCACAUGCAUGUGCCAGGCACUACCCCUUUUAUUUGUGUGUGUUUUAAAUCAAUGUGCACUACAAAGCACAAACAAACUCUGCAUUUUUCUUUUCCUGUGCCAUCACCUAUAUUCCUUUUCCUUAAGGACAGACUGUCCAGCUAUGAUCUGGCCCUCUGCUGAUAUUUUAAACCAUCCAUUUCAAAUGGACCUUGAAUCUUACUAAAAGUCAAAGAUAUAUAACUAAGCAUAUGAUUCUAUUAUCAAUUUAUCCGUCAAUUUAUUUAUUUCUUUUUAUUUAUUUUAUUGGGUCACUCCGGAGUCUGGUUUUCCUUUUUCUCUAUGGUUUGAUUAAAUAAUUAUUAUCAAAUUUUUAACUGUUUUGGAGUUAUGCUAUUUUCUUUCUUUGGCUGAUACUGUUAGAGGAUAUUACUGAGAGAAUAAAUAAAAGACUAGGUUAUGUGAA